AUGACAAUACGAAGUUCACUACAAGAGAGGAAAAGAAAUGUACCUGGCGGACACGUUAAGCAGGCAUUAUUGAGGCGAAACACGAGACAACGACCAAGGACGAGGUGCCCAAUCACAUUCGCUGAAGAAUUAGAACAAGUCGAGCAGAUCGAAGAAAUUAACGGACUUGUGGCAUCAACCAGCACCAUAACAAAAUUCAGAGAGGCAACCGCGAAAGAUGAAACCCUUCAGGCAGUAAAAGCAACUGUACAGCAGGGAUGGCCAAACAGCAAAAGAAACCUCCCCGAGGGGGUAAGUCCAUAUUUUGACUACCGUGACGAACUUGUAUGGCAAGAUGGACUUCUUCUGAGAGGAGAUCAGGUGGUAGUUCCAGCGUCCCUGAGAAAAGAAAUCAUGCAGGAGCUUCACAUGGCCCACCAAGGGGCAGGGUCUACUUUAAGACGUGCCUGCGAAAGUCUCUACUGGCCCAACAUGAGCAGCAACAUUAAGGAACAAAUCUCCAAAUGUGACCUGUGUGCAUCUUUCAAGCCACAGCAACAAAGGGAGCCGUUGAUCAGUCACCAGGUCCCAGACCGUCCGUGGGCAAAGAUUGCAAUAGAUUUAUUCCAGUACCAGAAUAAAGAUUACCUAGUUACGGUAGACUAUUAUUCAAAUUUCUUCGAGAUAGAUCGUGUAUACAGCUCAACCUCGUCCACUAUUAUCAAGAAAGUAAAGAGCCACAUUGCCCGGUAUGGCAUACCCGAGGAGCUGGUUUCAGACAACGGCCCGCAGUUUAUCUCGCAAGAAUUCCAGUCGUUCGCUAAGGACUAUGGUUUUCGUCAUACCCAAACGAGCCCGCACCAUCAUCGGUCCAAUGGUAAAGUGGAAGCUGCCGUCAAGCAAGCAAAGAAAGCUGUGCGAGUAGCCCAGACGAGCAACGGUGAUUUCUACCUGGCGCUUCUCAGCAUUCGCAACACCCCGCAGGAAGGAAUGGCAUCAAGUCCUGCUCAAAGAUUGAUGAGUAGGCGAACGAAAACGACCCUGCCGUCAAUGACAAACUUGCUGGAACCCAGAGUGAUCACAGGCGUUCAAAACCGAAUUCAAACACAACAGAAACGGCAGCAAAGGUACUACAAUAAAGGAACGCGGAUGUUAGAGCCACUGCGAGAAGGCGACACAGUCAAAAUGCAGCCUGUUCAACUUGGUCAGAAGAAAUGGGCCACCGGAAAAGUCGUAAAAAACGUUGGUAUUCGUUCCUACAAAGUAGUUGCAGACGGCACUACUUACAUCCGAAACCGCAAAUAUUUGAGGAAAGUCGGAGUUGAAGAUUCUGCACAGGAUGAACCGUUGACUGCACCAAACGAAGAGCAUGAGCAAGCCGCCGUUGAACCAGAGCAACAUCACGAGGAAACAGUCGAGACACAAACUCCGACGAUUGACCAAAUUCCAGACGCCGCAACGGAUGUGACAUCACAGGCACUCACAACCAGAAGAAGCCGAAGAGUCAUCACAAGACCCAAGAGAUUGAAUGACUAUGUUAUUUAUUAA